AUAAAAUUUUUAUUCUAUAACAUACUAACAGUUAAAUUAAAGGUAAGUAGAUUGCACAGGAACUGUGGUUUGGCUGUAACACUGUGAGUACCUACUCAUGGUCAGUGUCUGCCAGGUCCCCUAUAUAUACACAGCAGUGCUAUCCAUAUGUCUGUUAGCUGAUAUAUGUAUUACACUGGAAUCAUGUCAUUUUAAGAAGUCUAUAAUGGCCCUUGCUUAGGCUUAAGCCAUAUCAGUUCUUGCUCAGCCACAUCCAGCCGACCGGUUGCAGUUGCACAAUGGAUAUACAGGCUAUACAUGAAGGCUACACUGCUCUUGUGCAAUAUAAUGAUUUACUGUAGGUGCCACAGGCACACUUGCCUCAGACACAGCCAGAAAGUGUUGCUAUUUGUAGCGCUAGACUGAUGUUGGAAAGAAAGUCAAUUGAUAUUAGUCAUUAGUUCCAUGAAUAUCCAGGGCAGGAACGUUGCUCUCGUUGCAUCUCACGCUAGGCUUUCUUACUCACAAUGUGUUUAUUUGGCAGAUUGUUCUGAAAGUCUCAUUAAUCCCACAAUGGCAUGUAACUGGGUUAAUAGGAAGUCUCUUACAGGGAAUCGAUUUUCUCCAUGGAGCCAGGAUUCCAGCGACACGGUCUUUCCGGAGAAACUUGGGCCCCCUGAAUAUAUCUCCUACCCUAUUCCCCCCUAUGGCACCCUAUAUCAGUAUGGAAGGAAAAUGAUGUUUCCAAUUAUGAACCGCCAUAAAAUUUUUGAUAUGACAAAAAAAUUUGAUAUAAAUGAUAUUUCCUAUAUCUACUUGGAUUCUUUCAAGCCGAACCAGCAAGAGUCUCUCACACCAACUUCCUACCGGAGAGAGUCCAGCAGAACAUACUGCAUCCAGGGCAGUGAUAAUAAAUGGUUUGUGUUUGAGAAUGGAGCUCUGAAAGGAAAAUAUCUGCAAGGGGCAAACGUCAGAAAUAAAGCAACAGUUACAAUUUGUAAAUACUCUCCAUGGGUUGAAGGCAAAAUUCCUGUCACCUUAAAGAUUGAAGGGCCCAACAUUUUCCUCAAUUGCUUAUCUGGUACCCUACAAUACGAGGCAACAAAUGAACAGAAUCUCAGUGAAAUAGACCAGAGUGAAGAAAAAUUUCUCUUCUUCCAGAAUGCGACUGGCUCCUCCACCUGCUCCUUUGAGCCAACAGCAAAUACCCAGCUGACCCUCUGCACAGACUCAGCCAGCUCCAAUGUCAGCGUGCAGCCCAAAUCCUCCAACACCCCCAAUGUACAUUUCUCUCUCUUCCCUCCUCCAAGCAAACUGUUUGAAAAUGUGGGUGGGGGCAGAAUAGCCCUGAGGCCCAAUGAGACAGAAACACUUGACUUUGAUUCCAGGCGGCUGCUUUCAAAUCAGUGCAAUGGGAAAUCAUUUUUUUAGGACGCAGAAACAUUUCCCUUUUAGGUCUCCUCUUAAUAAAGUUUAUAAAAAUUGUCUACAAA